AGCUUCUCUGCACUGGCUGCCUGUAAAAUGUAGGAUAGAAUUUAAAAUUCUCCUACUCACAUACAAAGUACUCAAUGAUAAAGCUCCUUCUUAUCUUAAAGACCUUAUAGUUCCUUAUGCUCCCAGCAGAACACUUCGUUCUCAGAGCGCUGGGCUACUUGCGGUUCCUAGAGUGUUUAAAUGUAGAACGGGGGCAGAGCUUUUAGCUACCAAGCUCCUCUCCUCUGGAACCAGCUCCCUCUUCAGGUUCGAGAAGCUGACACACUCUCCACCUUUAAGAUUAGGCUUAAAACCUUCCUUUUUGAUAAAGCUUAUAGUUAGAGAUGGUUCAGGUCACUGGCAAUUAUUGUUAGUCACAGGAACCAUCUCUUAGUUAAGCUGCAAUAGACAUAGACUGCUGGGGGACUUAAUUUAUACACUGAGCUCCUCUGUUUCCUUCUACCUCCUCUGUCCCAUAACCUCCCAUCAUUGUCCCAUGUUUAACUAACCUUGUCUCUUUCUGUCCAGUAGUUGUGCUUCUCUCCUCUCUCCCCCCCACCCCCACUCUUUCUCCCUCUCUGUCCUCACCCACAGGUAUCAUUGGACUCAAAGUUUGGUGUCUGUGAUGGGCAGCUGCGGAUCCAACCAUCCUGCCUGCAUCCAGUCCCUGGUCCUACCAUCCUGCCUGUGCUCUGUUGUUGCUUGUUGUUGCUUGUUGCUGUUGCUGUGCUUUUCUAUCUCUCUAUCCUCUCACCCCAACCGGUCGAGGCAGAUGGCCGCCCACAUCCAGUCUGGUUCUGCUGGAGGUUUCUUCCUCGUUAGAGAGGGAGUUUUUCCUCUCCACUGUUGCUGUCAAAUUAAAUGCUUGCUGUAUGUGGGAUUUGUUGGGUUUAGUUGUGUGAGGUUUUAAACCUUACUUUGUAAAGUGCCUUGAAAUAACUUUGUUGUGAUUUGGCGCUAUAUAAAUAAAAUUGAAUUGAAUUGAAUUGAAUUGAAUUGAACAGAGUCUGGAUGGACUUGGCCUCCCUCCAUCUUAGUUGCACCAGCCUGUGGUUUUAAACACCAUUGCACAUGCCACCUUAUUAUUUCUGCUCCAUCCACCAGCAGGGUAAUUCUCUGAAAGUAACUUGUAACCAUUCUUACACAAGCAGAUUAUAAUGGGCUUUAGUAGUAUUUAUAGGUGUACAUGUACUCUGGCAGCAGAAGCCUGUUGUUCACAGAGGAGCAUAAAAUACUGGCUGGGAAUCAGUGUGUCUGUGAACUGGGCCUCAUGGUCCUAAAUGAUGAUUAUCAGCCUGUCUGGAACAUGACCUUAAGCCCUAAGCCCUUAAGCUCCUUCUCAUGUCAGAAUAUCAUAAUAUGCUUUACACAUGUAUUUUUACUACAACUAAGUAUUUUUGUCCUAUUUGGAAUCAUACACUGAUCGUGAAUUUUGUCGCUGCCUAGUUUUUCUCUGGUCUGAUGUGGUGCAAUGUGAGUCCUGUUGACAUGCAGGAUUGACCCAGAGGGCCAGUGAGGAGAAAAUAGUGAAAAGACUGAGUCAGAGCAAACCUAUGGCUGAGAGCAGCCAUCCUGCACAGGUGUUCAGUUCUGCUGCAUUGAAAUAAUGCCAUGUAGUGAAAGUUUACUUUACUUUUGUUAGAGCGUUGACAAAAUGGGAUGUGGGAUAAAUAUAUAUUGAGAACUAUGAAGGAAAUGCAAAUCAGCCACUUUAACGUGUAUGUAGCUCACUAGACUAUUCUGACCCAGUGGAUUUGUUUUCAUUUAUUAAAUCAAGCUGCACACACCCAGAGAGUUAUUGUUACCAUGAUGACCAACAGUCUGAUUUGUGUUUGUUGCUGUGAAAAGCCUGGAGAGAAAAAAUGGAUUAAGUUAACUUUUUUUGGUUCAGUUGUUAGAUUAUUAAUUAUGGCCUUUGGAAACACAGAUGUGUCAUAUCUGGUGUUAGAAUAGAGAGGGGUGAGCCACGCACAACUGAGGGCAUCUUAGAAUCAGGAUCAUGGUGUGGGCAUUGUUAUAUUUGAAAUGAUCAUACAGCUCCUUCUUUUCUAAACACCUGUUUAAUGAAGCAUUAACCAGAGGAAAUUCAAAAUAAGCCGGCAUAACACCGCCAUAUGGAAACACAUUUAGGUCUGUAAGUGGAACAUUAAAAACAAACAAAUGAGUUUCUGAACACAGACAAAUCAGAAAGUUUGUCAUUGUGUUCUUUAAAUGUCAUACCAGCCCUAUGUGCUAAGGAUUAUGGUUAAAACCUAGAGGGAGUUUACGUGUAUAGUUGUGUGUAUAUGUGGGGAUGUUAUUAUGCGUAGGAGUUUAUUUUAGGUGGGAAUUUAGGUUUAGGCUAUAUGUUUAAACAUGUAAGAUGGAGUGUUACUCCAAAAACUAUUACAGACAUCCAGAAUUCUUUUGUGUUCAUGCCACCUCCAAACUUCCUAAGUGCUGAAGCAGAUACCAGUGAUUCCUGAUUGCCGGCCCAUGGCCCCUGUCUCCUCAGGUUUCCUAUCUGUUGUACUUACUUUGUUUUUUGUGUAUCUCUGGGAGCUUAAGUGUUGAAGGUGUGUUUAAGUGAAAUGUUGAGAGCCACAUCAAAGCUCUCAUUUCUUGUUCUGUUCCCUCUGUAGGCUGCCAGUGAGUAAAGAAUCUAUGUGGAUGAGGUGCUGGAGGAGCCUCAGUGACCAGCGGUGAUCUAGUCACACCAGCCCUUAGCACAUCCCCCUCCCACCUCCCUCAUCCUCUGUCUCACCUCCUCCCUCCACGCACCGCCAUGUUGUUUUACACCUCUCCCAUGUCUAUCCUUCUCCUCUUCCUCGUCUCAUUGCCUUCUGCUCAGCUGGAGUCCCAGCGCAGGGAGUCCAGCAGUGACCCCUACCUACAAACAGUUUCCCCCUCCGUGUUCCCCUCCUCCUUCCCGCCUUCCAUAGCUUAUGGUAACAGCAGCACUAGGGACAAGUGUGAGCAGGUGACGGUGUGCAAACCUGGCAUCCUGCUACCUAUCUGGCAACCAAACCGUCCAGGGCUUGGCGAGCAGGUGGCCAGAGCUGUGGUCUACUUUGUGUCCCUCAUGUACAUGUUCCUGGGAGUGUCCAUCAUCGCCGACCGCUUCAUGGCAUCUAUAGAAGUCAUCACAUCACAGGAGAAAGAAGUGACCAUUACGAUGUCUAAUGGAGAAACAUCGGUGGCGACGGUUCGUAUCUGGAACGAAACUGUGUCAAACCUGACGCUCAUGGCUCUGGGCUCCAGUGCACCGGAGAUACUGCUUUCUGUCAUAGAGGUGUGCGGUCACGACUUCAAGGCUGGCGAGCUCGGCCCCGGCACUAUCGUCGGCAGCGCAGCCUUCAACAUGUUUGUCAUCAUCGGCAUCUGCGUGUGGGCGAUACCAAAUGGUGAGAGUCGCAAGAUCAAACACCUCAGAGUGUUCUUCAUCACCGCCUUCUGGAGCAUCUUCGCCUACAUCUGGCUCUACCUCAUCCUGUCUGUCAUGUCGCCAGGCGUAGUGGAGGUGUGGGAGGCCCUGGUCACCCUGCUCUUCUUUCCUGUGUGUGUCCUGCUGGCAUGGAUCGCAGACCGACGCCUUCUAUUCUACAAGUACAUGGGCAAGCGUUACCGUGCUGACAAGCGCCGUGGGAUUGUCGUAGAGACCGAGGGAGACUUGACCCCCAACAAGGGCAGCGUAGAGAUGAUUAUAGACGGGAAGUUCCCAUUCCAGGGGGAGAACUGUGGAGGAACUCAGGAUGGCACAGCAGGAGCAGCGGUCAACAACAGCGGUGUAGCCGUGGCAACGGGGGCCGGCAGCCACCUGCCCAAUUCCAACAGCACCACGGUGAAUGUGGAGAGCAGCAAGGAGCUGGACGAGAGCCGCAAAGAGGUGAUCCGUAUCCUCAAGGAGCUGAAGCAGAAAUAUCCGGACAAAGAGCUGGACCAGCUGGUGGAGCUGGCCAACUACUACGCCCUGCUGCACCAACAGAAGAGCCGGGCCUUCUAUCGUGUACAGGCCACUCGCAUGAUGAUCGGCGCCGGUAACGUCCUGAAGAAGCACGCUGCCGACCACGCUCGCCGCACAGCCGUGGUCGACGAGCAGGCAACAGAGGACGACGACCUGGCCACAUGCAGCCACAUCUCGUUUGAGAGCGCCCACAGCCAGUGCAUGGAGAACUGUGGCGUGCUGUCACUGGCUGUGGGGUGUCAAGGUGGUCUGUGUGAGAACACCUUCUACGUGGACUACAGAACCGAAGACGGCUCAGCCAAUGCUGGCUCAGAUUACCACUACAGCGAAGGGACGCUGGUCUUCAAGCCUGGAGAGACUCGUAAAGAGAUUAAGGUGGGGAUCAUCGACGAUGACAUAUUUGAAGAGGAUGAGCACUUCUUUGUGCGCCUCCUCAAUCUGCGUGUGGGCGACGCUGAGGGAAUGUUCGAGAGUGACGAAGUUGGUGCUGCACCCAAAGCUCGCUUAGUGGAGCCCCUGGUCGCCACGGUAACCAUCCUAGACGACGACCACGCUGGGAUCUUCACGUUCAAUGAGCGCAUGGUGCGCGUCAGCGAGAGCGUGGGCACCAUGGAGGUGACAGUGGUGCGUAACUCAGGUGCUCGUGGUACCGUCAUCCUCCCAUACCACACCGAGUGUGGCACCGCCAAAGCUGGAGAAGACUAUGAGGAAGCCAGAGGGGAGCUGGAGUUCACCAAUGACCAGACCACUCAGACUCUCCAGGUGAGGAUCAUUGAUGAUGAAGAAUAUGAAAAACAUGAAAACUUCUUUGUUGUGCUGGAGGAGCCGCGAUGGUUGAAGAGAGGAAUCUCAGCUCUGCUGCUCAACCAAGAAGCAGCAGAUGGGCAGUUGAGUGCUGAGGAGGAGGAAGCCCGCAGGAUAGCUGAGAUGGGGAAGCCCAUUCUGGGGGAGCACAGCCGCCUGGAGGUGGUGAUUGAGGAGUCGUAUGAGUUCAAGAGCACCGUCGAUAAACUCAUUAAGAAGACCAACCUGGCGUUGGUGAUCGGCACACACUCCUGGAGGGAACAGUUUGUGGAGGCGCUCACUGUCAGAGCAGGUGAUGGUGAUGAUGAUGAGGAAGGUCGUGAGGAGCGUCCUCCAUCAUGCUACGACUAUGUGAUGCAUUUUCUCACCGUGUUCUGGAAGGUCCUGUUCGCCUGCGUCCCACCCACGGAGUACUGGAAUGGCUGGGCCUGCUUCUGCAUCUCCAUUAGCGUCAUCGGCCUUCUCACCGCCGUCAUAGGGGAUCUGGCCUCACACUUCGGCUGCACCGUGGGACUGCGGGACACUGUGACUGCUGUGGUGUUUGUGGCACUAGGAACGUCAAUUCCAGACACUUUUGCUAGCAAAGUGGCUGCCAUGCAGGACCAGCACGCCGAUGCCUCUGUUGGAAACGUCACCGGUAGCAACGCUGUCAACGUGUUCCUGGGGAUCGGCGUGGCGUGGUCAGUUGCUGCUAUUUACUGGGAAAUCAAAGGGGAGAAGUUCCAGGUGGACCCGGGAUCGCUGGCUUUUUCCGUCACUCUCUUCACCAUCUUCGCUUUCAUCUGCAUGGCUGUGCUCCUGUUCAGACGCCGCCCCUCCAUCGGGGGAGAGCUCGGCGGCCCCAGAGUGUCCCGCCUCCUGACCAGCCUGCUGUUCCUGGGCCUGUGGUUUCUCUACAUCCUCUUCUCCAGCCUGGAGGCCUACUGCCACAUCAGCAGCUUUUAAAAGGGAAAGAGGAAGCACAAUGCACACAUACAGUUAAAACACUUAGUUCAUGAUACAGGUUUCAUCAGAUUAAUAGGGCUCAUGCAGCCUGCAGGUUUGCUGCAGCUAUACAACAUGUUCACACACACACGCUGUAGGUAUGCAUGUGUACACAGAUCAUAACAGACGCACAGUUAGAAACAUAACAAAGGCCUGUGUAAAGACAAAACCGACCCAGACAGAAGGAGCAACGCUCUUGUUUCAGCGCCACAUGAUAAAAGGAGUGAAAUGUUUACAACGUGAGGCUUGUUUACUGCAGGAAGACACACUGCUGCUCUGUGACACAGCGCAGAUAAAGGCAGUUCUCCACACGCUCUGUAAAUAGUUCAAACCUGUGUACAUAUGGAGCGUAGUGAGGAGUGAAUCACUAUAACCUGUUUGUUUGUAGAAGAUCUACAGAUUUCUGAUUCUCCACUCAAACAAAACCCACAUGACAUCAACAAAAAACUGCGUGAAGAUGAAGGUUGCGAGAAACAGGAAGUCUCAGCCAAACCUCAGCAUCCAGCCUCAACAGACAUAUGUGGAUCAACGGUUUUACUAAGCAUCUUCACAUUACGAAACGUAAACGUAAACUAGUUUAAACCAAAUGAUCUUAAUUGUCGGCUCAGCUCAUCCUUGAUAACCUAAGCUUGGAGCGACGUCAGUGACUCUGUUUCCUCGCUCACAUUCCUUCACCUGCAAGGACAGCAGCAACCAGGCGCAACAAGAAGGAAAGCUGUUAAAAACACAUUUCAGUCUUUGCUUAUUGAUGAGGUCACAGGUUUCUAGUAGAAUUUCACUUUACACAACACAUGACAGCACCAGUUGGUGUCUUAAGGAAAAGGAUUAAGCUCUACAAACAGUCAUGGCUGCAGGCUUUUGGUAAAACAGGAAGUGAUAAAAAGGAUAACUUAUGGCGUGUUAUUAAUGAAACACUUCAGAUGUUGGGGAGGGAUUGUGUUAAUUUGUCCCUGCCACGCUAAGAAUAACUGCAGACAAUGUUCACAGGGCUUUGCUUUGCACCUCUGCAGGAAGAGAAAGGAGAGAUAGUGUCAUUGUGUGUUCAAAUCAAGUACCGUUCACCUUGAAGGUAUGUGUGUUGAUCAGCAGAGGUCAACUGAAGCCAAACAGCUGGUAACACUGGAUUAUGUUUGCUCUGCUGUAACUUUUACCUGCAGACAGCACUGAGAUACAUGAUGCUAAAGGUUAGCUAGCACGAGAGAAAUGUCACAGCCAAGACCAUAUUAAAUGAGGACUACAUGUAUAUGAUUAGAGACCGAUGAUUAGAAAAGGAAGCACAGCAUCCACAAGGAUGAGUUGACUUAUUUAAUGUGUCAAAUUGAAUAUACUCGUGAUCUGAAGGUUCUGCGACUUCAUGCUGCAAGGGCGUUGCAAACAUUUCACCCACAAAUGAAAAGUGCUAAAAAAGUGAAAACUGAUAUUACUGUUAAUAUAUCUGAUUGAUUUCAUUGGUUCACCCGUGAUUACAAUACUUUGUAAACUUUCUAAAAUCAGUUUUAUAUUUUCCUCAGAAGUGCGGCCAGUGUAGAUUUUUGGUAAUUCAAACAGUAUUUAUUGUAGUAGACAGCCAGUUCACACAGGCAGCUGUGAAGACAACAUUACCUUACUGAAUUUGAUGACACAAAACGUGAUUUACUUUCAUUUGCUGAAAUAAGUUAUCUGCUGAAUUGUUUUUGUCUGUACAUUUUUUCUCAUGAGAUUAUUUAUUUAUUUAUAAAGAGAUAAUUUAUGUAUAAAAUAGCGGCGUCCAUAAGUUUUGGAGCUUAGUUAAAGAAGUGUGGAUACAUGUGGAAAGAAACAAAGGCUCUUAUUUUGUUAUGCGCUUUGGUGAGAGGUGGUUUACAAGCUUUCCUGCUGCACUAUUUGUUGUAAACCUCGGCCAGUUUACAUUUCCUCACCUGGUUGUUUUGAGUGUAAGUAGCAUGUUUACGUAAAGAAACUGUGAAACAUUGCCAGUUUGAUUGUCAGUCUGGGAUGUUGUGAGCCACCAUGGGAUAUUACGUUGAUGCAAACCAUCAGGUCUGGUGUGUACUGUAAUCCGUGGCUGCGUCGGAACUGAGCAGUACCAGCCGUGAUCCAGCACCCAGGAACACAACUGGUUACAAUGUCCAGGCAAUGUUCCUCGUUUCCAUGAACUUCUGUAUUAACUGUUGUGUAACUUGAUGUGCCUCCUUCCCUGUCCAGCCUCUGCUCCUCACCCCACUCUGUCCAGUGUGUCUGUGUUCGCGUCCCCUUCGUGUCUGUAGAUGCAUGAAGAAUCCCAGUGUACAUGUGUUAGCAGCAUGGUCUACUGUGAUGGACGCCUAAGGGCUCGUUUUAUCAGGUUGAUCCUCCUAUAGUCCCAAACACAAAAGCCUCAUAGGUCAAAUAAACUGAGCACGUGGCACAAGCAGACACAACCACAGCUGUGAACAGACCAACUAUAGAGCAACGAUGGUCUUUACAGAUCCAGCUGGCUCUGCUUACAUGUUCUGUUACCCUUGGAAGCUGUGAAAACAGGCCUAAACAACAUCUCCUUCAUUUUUAAUUUGUUGGUGUAUCUUACUAGUGUGUCCGUGUUAGUGUGCCCCCUUCCUCUUUCUCUUCUCCCAGGUCUUGCUCUUCAAUGUUUUUCUUGUGAUGAUGAAAAAUUCUCCCUCUGCCUGAACCUUUGUAGGUAAAUAAUGAAAGAUUUACUACAAUAUCAUGUGAUUUAUUCAAUACUGUAAUAAAUUCUUAACUGAAGAUGCUAUUUAAGUUUUUUUAUCAAAUGUAGAAAAAGAUUUAGAAAAACUAAUGUGUUCUUGAGAACAAGGCAUGAGGUGUAAGAAGGUGAAGGUCUGUUAAGAUCAAGUGAAGUUUAUUUAAAUAUAAGUUAUUUAUUUUCAA